AUGGUGUGUACAUCUGGCAGUGAUGCAAAGGACUUGCAUUUGGGAGCAGGCCGUCGGGAAGCUGAGCGAAGUGCUUCUCCCUACCAGCAAGAAGUAGAUCCCCAGAAAAGCGUGGAAGAAGAAAUUGAAUCAGUUCUGCAGGAGCGGAUAAUGGUUUUGGAUGGAGGCAUGGGUACCAUGAUCCAGCAACAUGCCCUGUCAGAAGAGGAUUUCCGAGGGCAUGAAUUUAAAGAUCAUUCCAGGCCUUUGAAAGGCAAUAAUGACCUUCUCAGUAUAACUCAACCUGAUAUAAUCUGUGACAUACACAAGGAAUAUUUGCUGUCAGGUGCUGACAUCAUUGAAACUAACACUUUCAGCAGCACCCGAGUUGCACAAGCUGACUAUGGCCUUGAGCAUUUGGCAUAUCGGUUAAACAGAGUCUCUGCACAGGUGGCCAGAAAAGCAGCAGAUGAUGUAACUGCUCAGACAGGAAUUAGGAGAUAUGUUGCUGGAGCCAUGGGUCCAACAAACAGGACACUCUCUGUGUCACCAUCUGUGGAGAGACCAGAUUACAGGAACAUAACUUUUGAUGAACUCGUUGAAGCCUAUAAGGAACAAGCCAAAGGACUUUUGGAUGGAGGAGUUGAUAUCUUGUUAGUGGAAACCAUAUUUGAUACAGCCAAUGCCAAGGCAGCUCUUUUUGCACUCCAGACAUUGUUUGAGGAAGAGUAUGCUCCCCGACCCAUAUUCGUUUCUGGAACCAUUGUGGAUAAGAGUGGGCGUACCCUCUCAGGCCAGACAGGAGAGGCAUUUGUCAUUAGUGUUUCCCACAGUAAGCCACUUUGUAUCGGCUUAAAUUGUGCUUUAGGGGCAGUUGAAAUGCGACCAUUCAUUGAAACAAUUGGAAAAUGUACAACAGCCUAUAUCAUCUGUUACCCCAACGCAGGUCUUCCCAAUACUUUUGGUGGUUAUGAUGAAACUCCAGAAGUGACUGCCAAGCAUAUAAAGAAUUUUGCUUUGGAUGGUUUGGUCAACAUAGUUGGAGGUUGCUGUGGUACUACACCAGCACAUAUCAGGAAAAUUGCCAAAGCUGUGAAAUUCUGUAAGCCUCGCGUUCCACCUUCUCUCUCUCAAGGAUACAUGCUGCUGUCAGGUCUGGAGCCAUUCAGGAUUGGGCCAUACACCAACUUCGUUAAUAUUGGCGAACGCUGCAACGUUGCAGGAUCACGGAAGUUUGCUAAACUCAUCAUGGCAGGCAACUAUGAAGAAGCCCUGAGUGUAGCCAAAUUGCAAGUUGAGAUGGGGGCCCAGGUUCUUGAUAUCAAUAUGGAUGAUGGGAUGCUGGAUGGCCCUUCUGCAAUGACCAGAUUUUGUAACUUGAUUUCUUCAGAACCUGAUAUUGCAAAGGUGCCGUUAUGCAUUGACUCCUCAAAUUUUUUGGUGAUUGAAGCAGGUUUGAAAUGUUGCCAAGGGAAAUGCAUUGUAAACAGCAUCAGUCUGAAGGAAGGUGAGGAAGAUUUUUUGGAGAAAGCAAGGAAAAUUAAGUUGUAUGGAGCAGCUGUGGUUGUUAUGGCUUUUGAUGAAAUGGGGCAGGCAACAGAAACAGAAACCAAGAUUGCAAUCUGUUCCAGAGCUUAUCACCUCCUUGUGGAAAAAGUGCACUUCAAUCCAAAUGAUAUAAUAUUUGACCCUAAUAUUUUGACCAUAGGAACUGGAAUGGAAGAACAUAACCUGUAUGCCAUGAAUUUUAUCAAUGCUACUAAAACUAUAAAAGAAACACUGCCGGGAGCCAGGAUAAGUGGAGGUCUUUCCAAUCUGUCUUUCUCCUUUCGAGGAAUGGAUGCCAUUCGAGAAGCAAUGCAUGGGGUGUUCCUUUACCACGCAAUUAAGUAUGGCAUGGACAUGGGAAUUGUGAAUGCUGGGAAUCUGCCAGUGUAUGAUGAUAUCCACAAGGAAUUGCUACAGCUGUGUGAGAAUCUAAUCUGGAACAAAGAUCCUGAUGCGACAGAGAAACUUUUACAUUAUGCUCAGAAUCAUGCCCAAGGAGGAAGAAAAGUUGUACAGACUGAUGAGUGGCGGAAAAGCUCUGUGGAGGAAAGGCUGGAAUACGCUCUCAUAAAGGGCAUUGAGAAGUAUGUCACUGCAGAUACAGAAGAAGCAAGAUUAAAUCAGGAAAAAUAUCCUAGACCUCUAAAUGUAAUUGAAGGGCCUUUGAUGAAUGGCAUGAAAAUCGUUGGUGAUCUUUUUGGUGCUGGAAAGAUGUUUCUGCCUCAGGUGAUAAAGUCUGCUCGAGUUAUGAAGAAAGCCGUUGGCCACCUUAUUCCUUAUAUGGAAAAAGAAAGAGAGGAAAGGAGAGCCAAACGAGGCAGCAUAGAGGAAGAGGAUCCUUAUCAUGGUACAAUAGUACUAGCAACUGUGAAAGGAGAUGUACAUGAUAUCGGCAAGAACAUUGUGGGAGUCGUUCUGGGCUGCAACAACUUCAGAGUUAUUGAUUUAGGAGUCAUGACUCCAUGUGAUAAGAUAUUGAGAGCUGCUGUUGAGAACAAAGCAGAUAUAAUUGGCCUGUCUGGUCUCAUCACCCCUUCUUUGGAUGAAAUGAUUUUUGUCGCCAAGGAAAUGGAGAGAUUGGCAAUAAAGAUUCCUUUGCUGAUUGGAGGAGCAACUACUUCUAAAACACACACAGCUGUUAAAAUUGCCCCACGAUAUAGCGCACCUGUAAUUCAUGUCCUGGAUGCAUCCAAGAGUGUUGUGGUUUGCUCCCAGCUCUUAGAUGAAAGUGUAAAGGAUGAUUUCUUUGAAGAAAUAUUAGAGGAAUAUGAAGAAAUUAGACAAGAACACUAUGAGUCUCUCAAGGAAAGGAGAUACUUGUCUCUACAGCAAGCUAGAAGAAAAGGUUUCCAUAAUGACUGGCUAUCAGGCCAUAAACCAGUUAAACCAAAAUUCAUUGGCACAAAAGUCUUUGAAGAUUAUGACCUGAAGAGGCUGGUAGAAUACAUUGACUGGAAGCCUUUCUUUGAUGUCUGGCAACUUAGGGGAAAGUAUCCCAACCGGGGUUUCCCUAAAGUCUUUAAUGAUAAAACUGUAGGUGAAGAAGCAAAGAGAGUUUAUAAUGAUGCUCAAAAUCUACUGAAAACGUUGAUUAAUCAAAAGAAAUUACAAGCCAGAGGUGUGGUUGGGUUCUGGCCAGCUCAAAGUGUUCAAGAUGAUAUCCAUUUAUAUGCUGUAGAAGAGGCAGUGGGAUCUUCAGAACCAAUAGCAAAAUUUUAUGGCUUGAGGCAACAGGCUGAAAAGGACUCUGCCUGCACAGAUCCAUAUUACUGCCUCUCUGACUUUGUAGCACCACUGGAUUCUGGCAUCUGUGACUACUUAGGCCUGUUUGCUGUGGCCUGCUUUGGUGUGGAUGAGUUAUGCAAUGAAUUUAGGAAACAGGAUGAUGAAUACAACAUCAUAAUGGUAAAGGCUCUUGGCGAUCGGUUGGCAGAGGCAUUUGCUGAGGAGCUCCAUGAAAGGGUUCGAAGGGAAUUCUGGGGUUACUGUAGUAGUGAGCAGCUAGAUCUCUCUGACCUACGCAGAAUUAAAUAUGAGGGAAUUCGCCCUGCCCCUGGAUAUCCAAGCCAGCCUGACCAUACAGAAAAACUCACCAUGUGGAAACUUGCAAACAUUGAGGAAACAACAGGAAUUGGUUUAACUGAAUCACUAGCAAUGAUACCUGCUUCUGCAGUUUCUGGCCUCUACUUUUCCAGUCCCAAAUCCAAAUAUUUUGCUGUUGGCAAGAUAUGUAAAGAUCAGGUUGAAGAUUAUGCACUGAGAAAAAAUCUGUCUGUGGCAGAGGUGGAGAAAUGGCUGGGACCCAUUUUGGGAUAUGAUACUGAAUAACUGUGACAACUUGUGGGCGAACAUUUUCUUUUGAUGGUCUAUUCGCCAGACAGAACAAGAGAAUCCUUCCCACUGAAAACGGCUUUCUUCCAUCCAUCCCAAUAGUUUGUCUGAUUGUUUUUAAUUUUUGAUCAAGGAACUUAAUAUUUCACGUCUGCCCUGUGCUCUUGGCUUGGGACCAUGAAUGUAUUGCAGAUCUCUUAGCCAUAGCAAUAUACUUUUAUUUAUUUUUAUUUCUUGCACAAAUACCGUAGCUGAGCAGCUAGAUGUAGUGUGAGAUGUGGAAGCUGCAAAGCUCUCCUGUCCUCAGGAAGGCUUUGAAAUCAGGGGCAAGAAUUUCUAUCCCGUUGGCUGUGGAUGUACGUAGAACAGAAUUUGACUUCUGUUAUUUUAAUGUGUUUUGGCAAGUCCAGGUACAGAAAUACGAUCUGAUUUUUCUGUAAAGUCAGCAAAGGUUUUAUACUGAGUGAUCAAGAACAACUGAAGUACAACAGAUCUCCUUUUUUAAAAUCUGUCUGCUCCAUGUUUAGGUCUUGUGAUUAGGAACUUAUGUUGUUCUCUGUGAAUAAUAUCAGGAUCUUAAAUGACUUUGUCAUUCUGAUUGUAGUUAGAACUAUCAAAAUAAUACAAAGUGCUGGAGCAAUAUCAGAGGUGCUGUAUUAUGACAGAACAUGAAAUGGGAUGACUGAGCCCAUGGAGUUGUCCACCUCAUGCUUCCUCUUCCUUUCAGCAAGCCACAAUCUGUUUCUCCUCUGUAUAAAGGGUAAUGGCACUUCCUACCUUACAGUUAUGUUGUGAGGCUUAAUUCAUGUUUAAACAGUCUUUUGUAUGUGAAAAGUAUGAGAAGCAUAAUUGUUACUAUAGACAGACAGAAAGCUUGGAGCUGACUUCAGUGUUCUACAAACUGUUUAGGCUUCCAGGUACCUGGAUUUUAAAAGCAAAUAGUAGCAAUGCUAUUGUAAGUAACAGUUAAUACCGUAGGCUUAUUCUUCAGAUUUAACUCUGAGUGAGCUAAUUGUUAAUAGCUUUUAAUAAUCUCUGAAAAGUGCCUCGGGUAUUAUUUAAAUGCUAAUUUAGUAAAAUAUUAUGACAGAAAACCCUCAUUUUUCUGGUCUCUAAUUGUAAAGAAAAGACCAAUAUUAUAAAGAGAAAGUUCUUAUAAAUAGUUUGUAAUCUAUUAAGAGCUAUAUAAUUUUUGUAAUGUCUUCAUCUGACUUUAUGCUAAAAGAAUCAUCUUGUAUCAACAGUUUAAUAAAGGUUAAGCUGUCAAUGGUGUUAUCCUAUUAGAAUCCUUUAAAUGGCAACAAUAAAAUGUGUGCAAUAGUCUGAACAGAUAAUGUCAAAAUUAAUAUGCACAUUGUACCAUGAAUCUGAAAUUAUAAAGGCUGCUAUGGGGUUUUUAAAGUAGUUGAGUAAGUGUGUU